AUGCGGCUCGUAUCCCGAUUACGCGACGGUGCUGAAUCUCGCCGGAUCGAUUUUCCCAUAGAUCUGAAAAAGAUCGGGAAAUUCGAACGUCAGAACGACGUAUCGAUCAACGUGUUUACAACUCGGGAAGUAAUUGAAAAGAAAGCUAAGUUCGGCCGAGGCGCCAACCACAACGCGAUCGUGCCUCUGCAGUUGACCAACGAUAAGCGGGACAGGCACGUAAAUCUGCUGUAUCUGCGCGAUAAGCUGCGCGGCGUCAACAGGGGCCAUUUGGCCUGGAUAAAGAAUCUGUCGCGAUUGGUGAAUUCGCAAUUGACAGCGAAACGGUACGCGAAGCACGUUUGCGAUCGAUGUCUACACUAUUUCUAUACGCGCGACAAGUUGGUUGCCCACAACGUCGACUGCGGCCGAAUGAACGACUGCGCCGUCGUUCUCCCGAACGAGAGCGACAAAUGGCUGUCUUUCGACAAUUACGACAGAAAGGAGCGACUUCCCUUCGUGGUGUACGCGGAUCUGGAGUGUCUUCUCGAGCGACGGAAGAGGGAAAACGUCGAGGGGGGCCCGAGAACGGAAAGAUACGCUUAUCAGCGUCACGUACCGUUCAGCCUGGGCUACUAUCUGUGCUGCACCUGCGACGAUACCGCGUCUGCGUACAGAUAUCGUCGCGGCGAGGAUUGCGUUUCGUGGUUCGUGAACGAACUUCGCGUUCUCGCGCGUCGCGUUAAGAAUAAAUUUUUCACCAAUAUAGCGAUGGUGGAACUUACGGAGGACGAGAAAAGCGAAUUUCUGCUCGCGACUCAUUGUCACGUGUGCGGGAAACCGUUUCAACCGGAGGACAAGCGCGUGCGGGAUCACUGUCACCUAACCGGACGUUACAAAGGUCCGGCGCAUUCUCGUUGCAAUUUGAAUUACAGAAACGUUUACGUGAUUCCCGUGUUCUUUCACAAUUUGUCGGGUUACGACGCGCACUUCGUCGUCGAGAAAAUUGCGAACGAUUUCGAGGGCGGGGUCGAUCUGCUGCCGCUCACGAAGGAAAGCUACAUAUCUUUCUCGAAGACCGUUAAGGAGACGCAGACGGACGGGAAAUGGAAUCAGUACGUGAAACUUCGAUUCGUGGAUUCGUAUAAAUUUUUAACGGCGAGUAUCGAAACCCUAGCGUCCUAUCUGAACAGGGACAAGCUGAGAAUCACGCGUUCGGGGUACGCGGAUUUGAGCGCGGAGGAUCUCGAUCUACUCACUCGCAAGGGUGUGUUUCCGUACGAGUACGUCGACAGCGCGGACAAACUGCGGGAUACCGAGCUUCCGCCGCGCGAGGCCUUUUACAGCUCUCUGACCGACGAGACCGCGAGCGAGAGCGACUACGAGCACGCGACGAGGGUCUGGCGACGUUUUCGCGUGCGAGAUCUCGGCGAUUACAGCGAUCUGUAUCUCAAGACCGACGUGCUUCUUCUGGCGGAUAUAUUUGAAAAUUUUCGGGACGCGUGUUCGGCGAGUUACGGGCUCGAUCCCGCGCAUUACUACACGUUGCCGGGGUACACGUGGGACGCCAUGCUGAGGUACACCGGCGUGCGUUUCGAGCUGCUCACCGACAUCGACAUGGUGCUGUUCGUGGAACGCGGAAUACGCGGCGGCCUCAGUCAAUGUUCGCUCAGGUACGCGCGAGCCAAUAACAGGCACGUACCGACGCACGACUCGUCCCAGCCCACUACGUAUCUCAUGUAUUACGACGUGAACAAUCUGUACGGCUGGGCUAUGAGCGAAUCGUUGCCCUACGCGAAUUUCCAGUGGCUCGACGAUCCUGAGAAUUUCGACGCGACGACCGUGCCGACGGACAGCGACGUCGGUUACAUUUUGGAGGUGGAUCUCGAGUACCCGCGAGACCUGCAUGACGCCCACGCGGAUCUGCCGUUGUGCCCGACGCGCGACAAACCGCCCGGCAAGCGACAGGAAAAACUGCUCGCCACUCUCUACGACAAAUCGCGCUACGUGACGCAUCGAAACCUGCAGCAAUGUCUGCGACUAGGUAUGCGUCUGACGCGCGUUCGUUGCGUUCUGCAAUUCGCCCAGUCGCUGUGGCUUCGCGUCUACAUCGAACUGAACACCGCGCUUAGGACGCGCGCGAGCAACGAGUUCAAACGGAAUUUGUACAAACUGAUGAACAACGCCGUCUUCAGCAAGACUAUGGAGAACGUGCGCGAUCACGUGGACGUGCGUCUCGUGACGCGAUGGGACGGGAGAUACGGCGCGGAGGCGUUGAUCGCUAAGCCGAAUUUUCACAGCAGGAGCGUCUUCUCGGAGAAUCUGGUGGCGAUCGAGCUGCGAAGGCUCGAGGUAACAUUCAACAAGCCGAUCUACGUGGGUAUGUCUAUUCUCGAGAUAUCCAAGACGCGUCUCUACGAGUUUCACUACGACUACAUGGUGCCGCUCUAUCGCGACCGUUGUCGAAUUGCCUACACGGAUACGGACAGUCUGAUCUAUUCGCUGGAGUGUGAAGACGCGUACGAGCGUAUGAAACGCGACGUGCACAGGUUCGACACGAGCGAUUACGCGGAGAACAACGCGCACGGUAUGCCGCGCGUCAACAAGAAGGUGCCAGGUUUGAUGAAGGACGAGAACAACGGCGCGAUCAUGACGGAAUUCGUGGGCCUCAGAGCGAAGAUGUACACUUACAAGGUACUCGGACGCGACGACACCAAGAGAAUAAAGGGCGUCAAGAGAAACGUAGUCGCGAAGAGGAUCACGUUCGAGGAUUACGUGGAGUGCCUGCGGAACGCGCGCGAGCUGAAGACGCGCCAGUCGUACAUACGCUCGACGCUGCACGAGGUUAACACCGUAUCGGAGCAAAAACUAGCCCUCAGUCCGCACGACGACAAGCGAUACGUGACGUCGAACGGUGAGGAAACGCUUCCGUGGGGACAUUACAAAAUACCGUUGUAA